CUCACGACCGGAAGUCAGCGUCUGGCGAGGUGGGCUUACCGGUGCGGGAUGUGGGCUCCCCUGCUGUGGGGAAGAGGGCCCUUCUCUCCCCGCAGCCUGGCUCCCCGCCCCCGCACACACUGCUCCACCGUGGGGUCGCCGGCCCGAGCACUUCUCAGCGAUCCAGAGCCCCGCCCUCCCUACCAGGCUGGGACUGCCGGGGAAGGGGAUGGCCGGUGGACGCUUGGGCCAGCUGCCUUGGAGGGACGCAGAGUCUGCCUCCUUGACCCUCUCCUCCAUCGCCUGGAGCGAACUCCCUUUUCCUGGAGCGAGGAGCAGCCCGGACCUUGAGGCAGGACUAAGACUGUUGGGGUCUCUGUGUGGCCUGCAGGUCUCCUGGAGAAGCCCAGGGAAGGCCAGGGUCCUUCGAGUUCUGGGGUAUAGGUCAGGAUGUUCGGUCCACGCUGUGUGACCGCUCUCAGCGCCCUGCGCCCAGGCAUCAGCUUUAUAUGGCAGAGGCAGGUAACAGUGAGGCGCCGACCGGAAGUAAUAACCAGGGCACUCUCAUUCAGUAUGCUGGCUCCCAAAGUGCUCACACCUCAGCGUCGAGCGCCAGGACUCUUGUCCUAACUUCCCGGGUCGCGACUUCACAGAUUUCUGCUGAUUUUUUCUUGCACCGACAACUGGAUGAAGCCCUUGCCGGUGGUCCUGCAGGCCACACCCUUUCCUCUGGCAGCCAGUCUAGGGGGUGAGGGACAGGCCACCACGCUUCUUCUCACCACCAGGGGCCGCCCUUUGCGAUGGAACAACCGCUCAGAGAGAUGGAAGGAGAGCCUGUCACAAACCUCUGAAGCUGCAGCAAUCCAUGAUCGUGCACCAGGGGGGACAGGGGCCAGAGACCCCUCUUAGGAGGCUGGUCUGUGUCGUCCAUGCUUCAGCCCUCCGUCGCGUGUCACAGCUGCCACCAGAGACAAGCUCAGCAGGAGCAAGGCCAGGUUGGGGCCACACCUUCCACCCCCAAGAUGUGCAGGGACCAGGAGACGCAGGCAUCCCUUCCCAGAAGCCCAGGAGGAGGAGGAAGAAGAGGAGGAUAAAUAUGAGCUGCUCCCCUGUGAGGCUGUGCUCCGCCACCCAGCCCCCGCCCACCUUCCUGGCACUCAGGAGGACUCUUUGUACUUGGGUGCCGGGCCCAGCAAAGAAGCCCGAGGAGGACAUUUACCUAGAUUGUGAGCCCAGUCCAGUCCCGGCCUUGCCUCAGACUCUGAGCUCCCAAGUCCUGAGGCCCCCAGUCCCUCUACCAAGGACAUCAGUGGGGCCCAGGCCCAGCACAGCCCCCCAGGAAGCUCGGAAUGGAGCGUCGAAUGCCACCUCUAAAGGAUCUGCACCAAAUCAGGAAGCUCCCAACCUGUACCUUAAAAUCACUCCUCACUUGGAGGUCACGCGUGGCCUAGCCGGAAGGAUAGCCUCUCUUUGCUCUGUAGCUGCCACCCAGAAUGCCUCAGCUGCUGAGGAAGGCGAUCUGCUGGGCCAGCCUUGGUACUCAGGGAACUGUGACCGCCAUGCUGUUGAGAGUGCCCUGCUGCGACGCCAAAAGAACGGGGCCUACACCGUGCGCCCCAGCUCAGGCCCUCGUGGUUCUCAGCCCUUCACCCUGGCAGUACUUCUCCACGGCCGGGUCUUCAACAUUCCCAUCCGCCGGCUGGAUGGCGGGCGCCACUACGCCCUGGGCCAGGAAGGCAGGAACCACGAGGAGCUCUUCUCCUCCGUGGCCGUCGUCCAGCACUACCUGCAGCACCCCCUACCACUCGUGGACAGACACAGCGGCAGCCGGCAGCUCACCUGCCUGCUCUUCCCCACCAAGCCCUGACGCCACAGCGCACGUGCACCCCGGCCUCCGGUUCCACAGUUUGCUCCUCGGGCUGUCUCCCUCUCCUCUCCCAGGUCUCCACCCCGCCAGCCCCCGCCCCCCCAUCCCGUGCCCCAGUCCCUCCCUG